GUCAGAAUGUUGCUUUUCCUGACUUCCUUUGAACGGAAUGUUCCUGGCCGAGAGCCCAGGAGUUUCCAGCAUUUCAGACAACACUUUUUAAGCCUUACUCGAUUCCAUAUUUCAUAACAGGACCCCCACCAUGGAACAGACGAUAGAAGAUCCUCCCACAUCAGCUGUCUUGCUGGAUCACUGUCAUUUCUCUCAGGUCAUCUUUAACAGUGUGGAGAAGUUCUACGUCCCUGGAGGGGACAUCACGUGCUAUUACACCCUCACCCAGCAUUUCAUUCCCCGUCGAAAGGAUUGGAUUGGCAUCUUUAGAGUGGGAUGGAAGACAACUCGUGAGUAUUACACCUUCAUGUGGGUUACUUUACCCAUUGACCUAAAGGACGAAUCAGCCAAACAGCAGGAAGUUCAAUUUAAAGCUUAUUACCUACCCAAGGACGAUGAGUAUUACCAGUUCUGCUAUGUGGAUCAGGAUGGUGUGGUUCGAGGAGCGAGUAUCCCUUUUCAAUUCCGUCCAGAAAAUGAGGAGGACAUCUUGGUUGUUACCACUCAGGGAGAAGUGGAAGAGAUUGAGCAGCAGAACAAGGAGCUUUGCAGAGAAAACCAGGAGCUGAAGGACAGCUGUGUCAGCCUCCAGAAGCAGAACUCAGAGAUGCAGACUGAGCUCCAGAGGACGCAGGAGCUAGAAACCCUACAGAACAUCAACAAGAACUUGGAACAGAAAGUGAAAGAGCAGAAGGACUGCUGGGAGGCAGAGGUGCAUCAACUGAAAGAACAAAACCAGAAGAUGUCCUCAGAAAAUGAGAAGAUGGGUAGGAGAGUGGAUCAGCUUCAGGCACAGCUGUCAACUCAAGAGAAAGAAAUGGAGGAGCUCAUUCAGGGAGAUCAAGAUAAGACAGAGCAGUUAGAACAGCUGAAAAAGGAAAAUGGCCAACUCUUUCUCAGUUUAACUGAACAGACAGAGCAUCAGAAGACGCUCAAGCAGACAAUGGAAGAGAUGAAGCGGAAAGAAACUACCAUAGUGAAGAGGCAACAGGAGUUAAUGGAUGAGAACGUAGACCUGUCGAGAAGGCUGAGUGAGAACAAGAUUUUAUACGAUGCUCUGCAGAAAGAGAAGGAGAACGUGGAAAGAGAAAAUGAUCUUCUGAAGAGGGACAACAGCAGAUUGCUCAGUUACAUGGGUCUGGAUUUUGACUCUUUGCCAUACCAAGUGCCUGCCGCAGAUCAAGAAGGUGCGGGACCAAAUCCACAACUCGUCUACGGAAACCCAUAUUCUGGUAUUCAAGAAAGUUCUUCCCGCAGCCCGCUCUCCAUCAAGAAAUGCCCCAUCUGCAAAUCAGACUUCGAUGAUGGUAUCUGUGACCACACUUUGGAGCAAAUGCAGGCCCUUUAUUUGAGUUGUCCAAUUUGUGACAAGAUCUUCCCAGCAGAAGAGAAGCAGAUCUUUGAAGACCAUGUGUUCUGCCACUCUAUAUGAGUGUCCCGGCCUCCUGGAUCUAUGCUAUACGUAGAUUAGAACCUAUAGCUUCUACUGUGAGAUCCUGCCUCACCUGAAAUCAUGAGGGAUUUACUCAGCCCUGAUGCCCCAAGAAGUGGGGUAAUGUCAAUCAGCUGAAGGCUAGUGUUAAGGGCUUCUGCUUCUGUCCUUGCCUGGUCACUACCUGUAAGUCACAUAACUCAAGCUGCAUCAUCCUCUCCCCUCUAGGGCCCAUUCUUCCAAGGGUCUCCAGCACGAGGGCCCUGGGGCAGAAUGGACCUGGGUAUUCACAACAGGCCUGACUGGGAACUGAGUGAGUAGUUUUCCAAGUUGUCCCACUGCCAUUCAAGGUCAGAUUGUGGGGCUAGAGACUGAUCAGAGGUUGAGAAUUCCUUCCUCUUCUAACUGCAUUAGACUAGCCGAAAAUGGCACAUCAGAGAAAUUUGAUGCCAAAGGUUUCUCAUUUUAAUUUCUCAGCUCCCAAAAGAGGCAUCUUAUUCCUGAACCAUGGACAGGAAAUAUUGUUUCAAUCACAAAAAAGCCUUCUUUGUGGAUACCUUUGAUGAACAUUUUCUACUCUUUGAUCUUUUCUAUGCAUUUAACUCUUAUUGUCAUUAAGUCCCUUCUUAAUGGUUAAAGAGGAAACUGUAUGGGUUUACCACUUUCUGAGCAGGUGAAUUUGAAUACGGAUAGAAUAAUGAGACAGCCGGGCGUGUUGGCUCAUGCCUGUAAUCCCAGUAGUUUGGGAGGCUGAGGCAAGAAAAUUGCCUGAGCUCA